AUGAAAAAAGUGCGAAAAUUGGCCAUAACUUUGGUAAGAAAUUAAUUUUUGAAAAAUUUCAGAAAAAAUCGAUAAUUUUUUUCAGAGUUUAUCCAUAUUUUUCACAAUUUUUCUGCUAUUUAUGAAUUUGAAAUAUGUGCAAAAUCCGAGAAUUUUCAAACGAUCUUCGGAAAAUUCUGAAAAUUUUCAGAAUUCUCUGAAAAUUUCCGAAUUUCUGCAUCAUCCUUUUGAUAAUUUUUGUAAAUUUCCUCUACAUUCAAUUUAUGCAAAAGAUAUUAUGGUGAGUUUUUCAGGGGAGGUUUACUGACGCGUUUUCGGUAGCUACAAGAAAUGCGUCAGCAAAUUAUUUUGCUGACGUUCUUAUCAGAGCUUUAAAUGUAGGUUACGAGAAUUACGUCAGCAAAAUUGUUUGCUGACACAUUUUUUGUAGCUUGAAAGUUUAUAGAGAAGAUCUACAAAAUACACGCAAGCAAAAUAAUUCUCUGACACAAUUUUUGUAGCUUAAAUUUGAGCUACAAAAAUUGCGCCAGCAAAAAUGUUCAUUGACGUGUUUAUCAGAGCUUUGAAUACAUAUAAGCUACAAGAAAUACGCAAGCAAAAUAAUUCACUGACGCAUUUUUUGUAGCCUGAAAACAACUAAUUUUCACCUACAAAAUAUGGGCCAGCAAAAUGUGUUACUGACGCAUUUUCUGUAGCUUAAAUUCUAGGUACAAAACUUGCGUCAGCAAAUUAUUUUGCUGACGUGUUUUUCACAGCUUUAAAUAUGAGCUACAAGAGAUGCGCAAGCGAAAUUACUUACUGACACAUUUUCCGUAGCUCAAAUUGAAGCUACAAAAAAUGCGUCAGCUUGAUAUUUGAUUGACGUAAAUAUUGUAGCUUUAAAUACUCCUACUUCAUCUACAAAAUCCGUGUCAGCCAAUGGUUUCAUUGACGCAAUUUUUCUAAAAGCUACUGAAAAUGCGUCAAGGAUGAGUUUACUGGCGCAAUUUUUGUAGCCCUUGUAAACCAGCUCAAAAUCCCCCGAUUUCAACCCCGCAAAACCCCUCACUGACGCAUUUUUCGUGCUGAUCCCGAAUUUUUAGCCCACAAACCUUGAUUUUGCAGUCCGGAGACCAUUCCGCAACCCGUCUACGAACUCUCAAAUGCAAUUUGACCCAAGGAAAUGAGAUGGCAACAAUGGAUUCCCAAGGAUAUCUAUACAUCCACGCUCGAUUCUCCAAAUUCCCAAAACACGACAAAAAUCUGCAAUGUGAUAUUGUUUUUGUGGAAGGCGGAUUGCGGAAUGACGCGCGGAAAGAGUCGAAAAACGACCUGCGGGAGGUGAAAAAAGUGGCGAAUGUUGGGCAAAAUGUGCGCCUUUGGGUGAAUGCUGACGCGUUUUUGGUGCGGUGUUUUGAGCGCGAGAAAAAGAAGGAGGAGAAAUUGGUGGAGAAAUUGGUGUGGGAAAAACCGUUUGCCGGGUUGGAGGAUCGGAAAUUGACCAAGUAUCAGGUGAGGUCUUGAGGCAAAAAAUGCCACGUGGAAAAAAAAAUUUUUUCAUUAGAAAAAAUUCACUGUUUCAAAAUUUUUGUAUAAUUUUUCUCAAAUUCAGGAAUUUUCAAUUAGUUCAUUUAUGUCGUUUUGAAAAGUUCGAAUUUUUUUCAUCAGAAAAAAUUCACUGUUUCAAAAUUUUUGUAAACUUUUUUUCAAAUUUUGAAAUUGAUUUAGCCACAAUUCGUUGUACUUCUUCGUGAAUUAUCCUACAUUUUUAACACCAAAAAAUCCACGUGGCAAAAUGAAAACAAUGAAAAUCCACGUGGCAAUACAAAAAAAACUUUUUUUUUUAAUUUUUCAUCAGAAAAAAUUCACUGUUUCAAAAUUUUUUUAUAAUUUUUCUCUCAAACUUAGAAUUUUCAAUAACUCUACGCUCAUUAAGAAAAAUUCGAACUUUUUUUCAUUAGAAAAAAUUCACUGUUUCAAAAUUUUUUUAUAAUUUUUUUCUUUAAUUUCAAAAUUGAUUUAAAAAACAUAAAAAAAUAAUUUUUUCUCAAAUUCAGGAAUUUUCAAUUAAUUGAGUUUUUGAUUAAUUAAGUUUUUUCGAAUUUUAUUUACUACAAAAAAUCCACUGUUUCAAAAUUUUUGUAAAUUUUUUUUCGAAUUUUUGGAAAUUGCUUCGUUACGAUCUAAUUCUUCGUAAAUUAUCCUACAUUUUUAGCACCAAAAAAUCCACGUUGCAAAAAAAUUUUUAAUUAGAAAAAUUUCACUGUUUCAAAAUUUUUGUUUACUUAACUUUUUCAUUAAUUUCAAAAUUUAUUAAAAUUAAAAAACAAGAAGAAAAUCUGAAACAGUAAAUUUUUCUAGCAAAAAUAAAGCCAAAAAAUCCACAAAACAAAAAACCAAAAAAAAUAAAAAUUUUGAAUAAAUGUCAUCUUCUCUCUUUCUCUCUCUCACUGUCUAACACCCUCCCCAUUUUUCACACUCUCUCUCUUCUUCUCUGCGUCUCUAACCAGAUAUUGUGUGUUCUCAUUGUUUUUUCCUGUUUUUUUUUCUUGCGCGUAGUAGGUUUACAUUUUUUUUGACUCUAAUAAAAUCCACGUGGCAAAAAUACAAUUUUUUUUGCAGAUCUCUCAACACGCCGAUCUUGAAUCAAUCAAUAAUUAUGGGAAUCCACGUCAUAACCCAAGAAAGACGGAAAAAUCGAUAAAUCGAUAUUCGAUCGAUAUUUUGGGAUUCGAUUCGACGUCGCGCACUCAAUUUAUGCGACAUUUACCAAGAACAACUGAAAUUAUGCUGAAAUUGGGAUAUCAUUUUUUGUAUGGCUAUAAUAAGGUGAGCCGCGGGUUUUUAUUGGCAAUUUUCGCUGGGAGAAAUGUGUGCGCGCGUAGUGUAGUGGUAGCGCGCUGAAAUAGUAAACGCUGCUGUUUUGCUGGCGCAGGUUCGAGUCUCGGUGCGCGCGAAGUUUUUUUUUUCUUUUUUUCCUCGUCUUGAAAUUUGUGGUAAGAAUAUAAUUUUCAAAACUAUUUUUGUAAAUUCAGACCUUGUGGAUUUUGUUUUAUUUUUAUCGAGCGGUUUUCUGUUCGUUCAUCAAUCAAAAUUAUUGUUUUGAAAUUCAUGAUUUUUUUGAAACAGUGAAUUUUUCAUGAAGAAAAAAGGUUUUUGCGGAAAUUUUCAGGGAUUUUUCCUAGAUGUUAAAUAAACUAAAAUUCAAGUUUCCACGUGGAUUUUCAGCUCAAAAAUCGAUUUUAAAGUUUUUCCAUAAAAAAUCAAAAUAAUGAGAUAUUUCAAAAUUUCUAGAUUUUUUUGAAACAGUGAAUUUUUUCGAAUUGAAAAAAAGUUGGAAAUUUUUUUGCCACGUGGAUUUUCAGAGAAAAAUUUACAAUUUUUUUCCCACAAAAAAAUUCCGAAAAAAAACGUGACCCAGAAAAAUCCACGUAUUCCAAAUAUUUUAUUUUUUGGAAAAAAAUAAAUUAUUUCGAAUUUUUUUGAACUCGCAAAAAUGGGAGGUAAGCUUUCCUGUAGCACCAAAAAUUUUGAAAAAAUUAAUUUCAGGUGGCCGACAAUUCGAUGGUAAAUUUGGGACCAAUAUUAAUUGGCGAUAUGCCAGAAGCCAUUUCAAAACCGAAAUUCGAUGAAUCUGGAGAUAUUAAUUUGGAUUGGAUUCUACCACAAAAUGACUCAUUGGAUCCGACGAAUUUGCGAUUUUUAUGGAAUGUUAUGAAAGAAAGUGGGUUUUGGAGGAUUUUUCGGGUUUUUAGGAAAUAUAAUGUGGCUUUUAUCAAAUUCAAAAAAUUCAGAAAUAAAUUAUGAGUUUUUUGAAACAGUGAAAAUUUUCGAUUUGAAAAUUGGGAAAGUUUUGUGAUUUUUUUUGGGCUUGAGAUGAUUUUAGAUAAAAUUUGGCAAUUUUUGAAUUGUUGUUUUAAGAAAAAAUCAAUUAAAUAUGAAUUAUAAUAUCCAAGUUACUUAUCAAAUUUCAAAAAAUUCAAAAAUAAAUUAUGAAUUUUUCGAAACAGUAAAAAAUUGAAUAGAAAAAAAUUCUGCUAAAAAUUUACCAAAUGUAACAUUAUUCCACCAUUGAAAUUCACGAAGCUAUAGAAAAAUUAUAAAGUUUUUGAAACAGUGAAUUUUUUUCGACCAAAAAAAAAUUUUCAUUAUUUUCCGGAAUCAAUCCAUUCGCAAAAACGUUAAAAAUUCAUCUUCUGAGAAAUAUGAAAUUUUUGAAACAGUGAAAUUUUUCGAUUUGAAAAUUGGGAAAGUUUUGUGAUUUUUUUGGGCUUGAGAGGAUUUUUGGUUUAAUUUUGUGGUUUUUCGAUUUUCUGAAUUGAAAAUUAAAGUUCUUAAUUUUAAAAAAAUUGAUUAAAUAUGAAUUUAAAUACCCAAGUUAUUGAUUAAAUUUCAAAAAAAUUCAGAAAUAAAUUAUGACAUUUUUGAAACAGUGAAAAAUUUAUUAGAAAAAAAAUAUGUUAAAAAUGUAACAUUAUUCCACCAUUGAAAUUCACAUAGCUAUAGAAAAAUCAUACAAUUUUUGAAACAGUGAAUUUUUUUUUGAGAAAAAAUUUAUUUUUCAUGAUUUUCUGGAUUCUUUGAAUUUGUCAAAACGUUAAAAAUUAAUCUUCUGAAAAAUAUGAAAUUUUUGAAACAGUAAAUUUUUCGCUGAUUUCUGUACAUGGGAUUGAAAAUUCAAAUAGUCUUGGAAAAAAUAUAGAUUUUUUGAAACAGCGAAUUUUUUUCUGAGAAAAAAUUUUUUUCAUGGUUUUUCGGAUACUAAAACGUUAAAAAUUCAUCUUCUGAAAAAUAUGAAUUUUUUGAAACAGUGAGAUUUUUUGUGAUUUUUUCGGGUCUUGAGAGGAUUUUUAGAUAAAAUUUGACAUUUUUUGGAUUGUUUUUUUGAGAAAAAAUUGAUUAUAUAUGAAUCCAAUAUCCAAGUUGUUGAUUAAAUUUCAAAAAUUCCAGAAAAAAAAUUAUGAAUCUUUUGAAACAGUGAAUUAAUUUAAAAAAAAUUCCAAAUAAAAAUAGGCAAAAUUUUGGAUUCGAAAUACCUCCGAAAAACAUCGUUGGACCAUUGAAAUUCACAUAGCUAUAGAAAAAUUAUAAAAUUUUUGAAACAGUGAAUUUUUUCGACCAAAACAUUCAUUUGUAGAAACGUUAAAAAUUCAUCUUCUGAAAAAUAUGAAAUUUUUGAAACAGUAAAAAUUUUUGAAUUGAAAACUGGCAUAGUAUUGGGAAAAUAUAGAUUUUUUGAAACAGUGAAUUUUUUUGAGAAAACAAAAAUUAAAUUAUUUUGUUCCUGAAGGAGCCUGGGCCUAAAAAUAGGGUCCUUAAGGCCCUAAGAACCUUAAAAACCCCCUAAUUUCUUGCAGAAUAUGGCUGUGAAACUCUCUUCAACGAGGAUAUUUCUCGAGCAUUUUUGGGGCUCUUCAACUAUCCUCAAAAUGAGUUCAAAGGUGGUUUCACCAAAAAUCCGGCCGAUCAUUAUUUCCGCAAAUAUUAUUUGGCAAUUUAUAAGAAAUGGAAUUAUGCCGCGUGUAAAGAUGGUGAUCAAAUUCAAUGGGAAUUUGUGCAAAUUUGGAGAAGAUUUGCACAUUAUUAUAAGGAUAUUUGUCAUUUUGGUUUUAGUUUUAUCACGACGUACGUGGGUUUUUUGGGCUGGAAUUUUUGAAAAAAUCUGAAAAUUUUGGAUUUUUUGAGUGUAAAUAAGGCUAGGUAGAGAGGUUUAAGUAUCAAUUUUUCGAAAAAUGUACAAAAUUUUGUAGAAAUUUUGAAACAGUGAAUUUUUGAGGAGAAAAAUUCAGGAAUUUUUUUCUAUCUUGCUUAUUCUCAAUCUAACAAAAUCAAAAUUACUACGGAAAAUUUCAUAAAUUUUUGAAACAGUGAAUUUUUUCACGUGGAUUUUCAGAAAAAAAAUUUUGGAUGAAAUUUUUGAUUUUAUUUUUUUCUGAUACUAUUUUGAUCAAACUAUAACGCUUACGAAGCAAAUAUCAAACUUAUCGAAAAAUGAACAAAAUUUUGUAGAAAUUUUGAAACAGUGAAUUUUUGAGGAGAAAAAUUCAGGAAUAUUUGACUCGUCUGCACAAAAACGUCAUAUUAGCAAUUCUAAAUUUUCUCAGAGUUUCUGGAAAAUUUGAAACAGUGAAUUUUUGCCACGUAGAUUUUCAGAAAAAAAUUUUGGCUGAAAAUUUUGUUUUUUUUUUCGAGCAGAAUUUUCAUCAAAGCAAGGAAUAUGAAUCAAAAAUUAAACUAAAAUAGAAAUAUUAUAAAAAUUUUGAAACAGUGAAUUUUUUUCAAGCAAAAAUUCAGAAUUUUUAUUGAAAUUUUGAACAGAGAAUGAAUUAAAACCAACAUUACUACGGAAAAUUUCAUAAAUUUUUGAAACAGUGAAUUUUUUCCACGUAGAUUUUCAGGAAAAAAAGAUUUGGCUGAAAAUUUUGUCUUAUUUUUUCUGGCAGAAUUUUGAUCUACAGAGCUAUAAAAAGCAAGUAUCAAAUUUUUGAAAAAUAUACAAAAUUUUAGAGAAAUUUUGAAACAGUGAAUUUUUUUCGAACAAAAAUUCAGAUUUUUUUCUGAAUAAAAAAUGUUUUAAUUAGAACGAACCUGAAAUUCAAGAGGAACAUUUCAUAAAUUUUUGAAACAGUGAAUUUUUUCUACGUGGAUUUUUUAGGAAAAAAAAUUGGCUGAAAAUUUUGUUUUUUUAUUUUUUCUGGUAGAAUUUUAAUAAGAAGCGAUAAUCAAUUUUUCGAAAAAAUUUACAAAAUUCUGUAGAAAUUCUGAAACAGUGAAUUUUUUUCGAACAAAAAUUCAGAUUUUUUUGAAUAAAAAAUGUUUUAAUUAGAACGAACCUGAAAUUCAAGAGGAACAUUUCAUAAAUUUUUGAAACAGUGAAUUUUUUCAUAAACUUCUUUCCACGUAGAUUUUCAGGAAAAAUUUUGGAUGAAAAUUUUGGUUUUUUUGAACAAAUCUGGAAGUAUGCGUGAAUCAAAAAUAAAAUUAAAAUAGAAACAUUAUAGGAAUUUUGAAACAGUGAAUUUUUUAGAAGCCAGAAUUCAAGAAUUUUUGAACAUUAUAGUGAACUUGACCAAAAUUUGACCAAAAAUUCACCAAUUUUAAAGAAUUAAAUUAUUUUUGAAACAGUGAAAAUUUUCAUCGCGAAAAAAAUGAAUUUUUUUAAUCAAUUAAUAACCAGAAGAGCAAUUUCAGAAAAAUACCCCCCAGAUUUUCUGUAAUUUUUGAAACAGUGAAUUUUUGAGCCCAAAAAAAUCUCUGUAAUUGUUCCAGAUUAACCCACGAAUCUCCAUUUGUUUUGGAAACUUUGGAUGAAAGAUUGGCUGGAAGUUUGAGUGAAAUGAAUUUGGAAGGAUUAUUGGAUAAUAGUUUAUCGAUUAUUAUGGGAGAUCAUGGAAAUCGAAUUGGAACUAUACAAUAGUUAGUUUUCUAAGGGUUUUUGGGCUAGAAAAAUUUCACUGUUUCAAAAAAUGCUCAUCAAAACUUUUCAAAAUUCAGAAGUUAACGAGUGGAUGAUAAAAAUAGGUUUCAAAAUAUUUUCAUUUGAAAUUUGAUUCAGGAAAAAUUUACGUUUCAAAAAUUUCAUAGAAAACUUUCUUGAUUUUCGAAAAAUGUUGUGAACUCUGAAAAAUUUGAGCAAUGAAAAUGUUGAAAAUUUUCUCUAUAAAAUUCACUGUUUCAAAUAAAAUUGAAUUAUUUGUUGUAUUUUUUGUAAAUAAUGACUCAAUUAUUUUUUGAAUGAAAAAAAUCCACUGUUUCAAAAAUUUCAUAUGAAAUUUUCUGGAUUUCACAAAAUAUUCUUGCCAUAUUUCUCUAGUCUUUAGAAGAUUUUUGAUUUAAAUAAUUUUUCACUGUUUCAAAAAUUUCAUAUAAAAUUUUCUGGAUUCUCAAAAAAUAUUUUCUAAUCGCGUGACGUCACAAAUUCAACUGAAAAAUUUGAGCAAUUAAAAUUUUGAAAAUUUUCUUUAUAAAAUUCACUCUUUCAAAGAAAAUUGAAUUAUUUUAUUGCAUUUUAGGAAAUAAUGACUCAAUUAUUUUUUGAAUGAAAAAAAUUCACUGUUUCAAAAAUUUCAUAUGAAAUUUUCUGGAUUGAAAAAAAUAAUAUUGCAGUAAUUAGCUGGAUUUUGAAAGAUUUUUGAUUAAAAUAUUUUUUCACUGUUUCAAAAAAAUUGUGAAUAGAAAUUUCGAAAAAUGCAGUAAUUACUGAGCGAUUUUUUUAAAACGUUUAUAAAAAAUAUUUUCAUCAAUAAUUUUGAAAUUUUAGUUUCGGAAGACGCCACAAUUUUAACUGAAAAAUUUGAGAAAUGAAAAAGUUGAAAAUUUUCUUCAAAAAAAAGUUUAGGAAAUAAUGACUCAGUUAUUUUUGAAUGAAAAAAUUCACUGUUUCAAAAAAUUCAUAUGAAUUUUUCUGGAUUGAAAAAAAUAUUGUUGGUGUAAUUUUCUCGAUUUAAGAAAAUUUUUGAUUAAAAUAUUUUUCACUGUUUCAAAAAAAUUGUGAAUAAAAAAUUUUUCAAAAUUCUGAAAUUAUUGACAAUUGUGAGAUCUUCAAUCUGCUCUUUUCCUGAAUAAUUUACUGUUUCAAAAAUUUCAUAGAAAAUUUUCUGGAUUCUCGAAAAAUGUUGUGAACUCUGAAAAAAUUGAGCAAUUAAAGUUUUGAAAAUUUUCUUCAUAAACUUCACUGUUUCAAAAAAAAUUGAAUUAUUUUGUUGCAAUUUUAGAAAUAAUGACUAAAUUAUUUUUUUUGAAAAAAAAAUCCACUGUUUCAAAAAUUUCAUAUGAAUUUUUCUGGAUUCUCGAAAAAUGUUGCUGGAUUUUAGAAGAUUUUCGAUUAAAAUAUUUUUCACUGUUUCAAAAAAAUUGUGAAUAAAAAUUUUGAAAAAUUUAGGAAUUAUCGAGCGGUUUUAUAGUGCUAAAUUAUUUUCAUUUGAAGUUUUCGAGUCAGGAAAAAUUUACUGUUUCAAAAAAUUCAUAUAAAAUUUUCUGGAUUCUCGAAAAAUGUUACUUGACGUUACACAAGAGCACUGAAAAUGUUGAAAAUUUUCUUUAUAAAAUUCACUGUUUCAAAGAAAAUUGAACUAUUUUGUUGCAAUUUUGGAAAUAAUGCCUGCAUUGUUCAUGUUUGAGAAUAAUUCACUGUUUCAAAAAUUUCAUAUGAAAUUUUAUGGAUUGAAAAAAAUAAUAUUGCAGUAAUUAGCUGGAUUUUGGAAGAUUUUUGAUUUAAAUAAUUUUUCACUGUUUCAAAAAAAUUGUGAAUAAAAAUUUUGAAAAAUUUUGAAAUUACUGGGAGAAUACGAUGAAAAAAUCAAAAACUAUGAAAUUUGAUUCAGGAAAAAAUCACUGUUUAAAAAAAUUCAUAGAAAAUUUUCUUGAUUUUCGAAAAAUGUUACAAAUUCGGAUGACGCCACAAUUUUAACUGAAAAAUUUGAGCACUGAAAAUUUUGAAAAUUUUCUUUAUAAAAUUCACUGUUUCAAAGAAAAUUGAAUUAUUUUGUUGCAAUUUUAGAAAUAAUGACAAAAUUGCUCUUGAAAAAAAAAAUCACUGUUUCAAAAAUUUCAUAUUAAAUUUUCUGGAUUGAAAAAAAAUUGGUUAUUUGGAAUUCACAUCAUGAGAUUUUUGACAGGAAUAUUUUUCGCUGUUUCAAAAAAAUUGUGUUUCAAAAUAUUUUCAUUUGAAAAUUGAAACAGGAAAAAUUUACUGUUUCAGAAAAUUCAUAAAAAAUUUUCAGGAUUCUCGAAAAAUGUUCUGAAUUCGGAUGAAGUCAUAAAUUCAACUGAAAAAUUUGAGCAAUGAAAAUGUUGAAAAUUUUCUCUAUAAAUUUCACUGUUUCAAAGAAAAUUGAAUUUUUUUGUUGCAUUUUUUGGAAAUAAUCACUCGACUGUUCUUGAUGGAAAAAAAAUCCACUGUUUCAAAAAAUUCAUAUAAAAUUUUCUGGAUUCUGAAAAAUGUUACUAUAAGAAUUUUCCAUCUGACAACAUUUUUGAUUAAAAUAUUUUUCACUGUUUCAAAAAUAUAUUAUUGGAAAGUACAUCAUUAGAACUUUUAAUAUGAGCAAUUAAUUCGGAAAAAUUCAAUGUCUCAAGGAAAAUUGAACAAUUUAAUGUAUUUUUGAAAGUUAUUAUCGAAACCAUUGUGUCAUCAAAAAAUCCACUGUUUCAAAAAAUUCAUAUGAAAUUUUUUGGAUUGAAAAAUAUUGGUUAUUUGGAAUUUACAUCACAAAAUUUUUGACAAAAAUAUUUUUUCACUGUUUCAAAAAUCCCUCAAAAUUCUCCAAUUUUUUACAGCUCGUAUACAGGUCGAAUCGAAGAACGUAUGCCAUUAAUGGCAAUUCGAUUACCAACAAAUUUCGCUUCAAAAUAUCCCAAACAAUAUUCGAAUUUUUUGACAAAUAAAUUCAAAUUGACUGCAAAUUUUGAUAUUCAUCAAACACUUCAAGAUAUUAUUCAUAUGAAUUUUGGAAAUCGAAAAAAAUAUGUGGAAAAUAAUAAUCAGAGAGGAAUCAGUUUAUUUGAUGAAAUUCCGAAUUCAAGAAAUUGUAAAGAUGUUUUUGUUCCUGAGAAUUUUUGUACUUGUUUGGAAGGUGUUGAAGUCAAGGAUUUGGAUGAAGAAGUUAGGGUAAGUCUGGGGAUUUUUUGGGUAAAAAUUUAUGGGGACAAUUUUUUUUGAAUUUACGAUGCAUAAAACCAAUCGAUCAAAUUUUCAGACUCACAAAUUUCAAUAUAAAAUUUCUGAAACAGUGAUUUUUUUUCAAAAAAAAUAGAAACUUUGAAAUAUUUUCUGGGAUUCUGAAAAAAACUAAUUCUAGUAAAAUUUUUGGAAUUUUUUGCCACGUGGAUUUUCAAACGUGUAAUUUUGAUUUUUGCGAUCCACAAAUAACUUGUACUGUUUCAAGCGCAAUAUUGAAAAAAUUAUGAAAAUUUUGAAACAGUGAAUUUUUUUUUGGAAAUAUUUUUGUUGUUAGAAAAAUGUUAUUUUUAGCACCAAAAAUUCAGGGUUGCCACGUGGAUUCUGAAAAUAAUUUCAGGGUUUUGUCGGUAAUAAAAAAUCGAAUUUUUUUUUAUUUGUUAAAAAAAUUCUUUCCAUGAUCAAAACUUCUCACACCAAAUUUUUUAAUGUGAAAUUUUUGAAACAGUGAAUUUUUUUUGUUGAAAAAUGGGAGUUUUUCGAUUGUUUAGUUGCGGAAGUACAAAAAACAAUGAAAUUUUCAGAGCUAAUUUUUAAUGUAAAAAUUUUGAAACAGUGAAUUUUUUUUAUUUUUUCGAAUUCAGAAAAUUGGGAUUUUUCGAGUUUUGAAAAUUGUAUUCUGACGGCAAAAUUAAUUUUUUUUUUGAUUUUUCAUAUAAAAAUUUUGAAACAGUGAAUUUUUUCUCACAGAAAAACCUGGAAAUCGUCAAAAAAUGGUUCUUGGAUCAAAAAUUGGAUAAAUGUAUCGAAAUCGAUUCGCUGAAAAUUCUGGAACCCGAAAAAAUUCGGAAAAUGAGUUUGAAUAAAUUGAGUCGAGAAGGUUUGAGAAGUAAGAAAAAUGUGACAAUGUUGGAAAUUACCAGGAAAAAACCCGAGAAAAAUGAUGUGAGUUUGAAGGUUACGGUAUUUUUGCCACGUGUCAGAUUUGGAGCUAAAAAAGUUAUCAUUUUUGAAAAAUUGUCAGUUUUUAUCAUAGAAAUUUCGAAACAGUGGAUUUUUUUAACCCAGAAAAUAGAUUUUUCAAAUUUUCACCCCAAAACUCCAUUUUUUUACAGUUCAUAAAUUUCGAAUUCGACAUUUCUGCUCAAUUUUUGCUCCAAUCCAAGGCUCUCACAAAACUUCGAAUUCGAACCGAAAAAUUUGUGAAGGACAAAGACUACAGUCUAGUUUAUGAGCCGCAAAUCAUCGAGAAUCCACUAGAAAAUGCACAAUGCCAAAAACAAUUAUCGAUUUUUGAAAUUUGCUCAUGUUUAUCACUUUAUUGA